CUUGAGGAAUCAACGUGCAGCUUGCGCAAAAGUCCACGCACAUCCAUCACUACGAUUCUAAACGGCCGGGCGACAUACUCUUUCUUUCAAACUACAUCAAUUGCUCUCGAGUCAAGCGAGGGCUCUCCAUCUCCACGCCGCCAUUUGCGACGAUUACUUGACGUCGAAGCUCUCGCAAAAACAACUUCACACUUGGGCAGCUAUGGCCCCUCAGCCAACGCCCCGUGUCCGGCGCACGUCACAAAACACACAAUACACCUACAACCUCUCGAGACGGAUUAACGAUGUUAAGACCUACCCUGUCCAGUCUCCCCAAGGAGCUACGAUCCUCCUCUAUGGCCACGACAAUGGCAUUACAAUAAUAUGGAGAGGUGGACGCCGCUUCAAGCCAUCAAAGAAGCAACAAGCAAAACCUGCCAAUGAGAAGCAGAAUGGUGCUCCAGACGAUGCCGUAAUGAUCAUAGACUCCGACGACGACGAACCUCCAGCCAAGGCAGGCAAGGCAUCAGCGCCCUUUACUGACAAGCCCGAAUUCGAAGAUUUCGAGGAGGAGGGACCUUACCCUGAAAUCAUCCAGACUCUCGACCUCUCUCUUGGCACAUCUGUUUUGCAUCUUGCCGUCCUGCCUAUGACGCCAUGCUCUGCCGAAGAUGCUGCCUGGGGAGGAGCCGAUGUUUUGAAGGAAAAGAUGGUGUUCACAGUGGCCUGCGCAACCAACGAAGUCUACGUCGUGACCCUUCCUCUCACACCGCCGAGUCCCGAGAGCAAGGCACGCCCUGAGCUCAUGUCCAACCUUCUGGCUGGAAAGGCUGGUUCUGGUCAAUGGGGAGAGAGAGUCGUCCUUCUUGGCGGCCAAUACAAACGGAGUGAAGGCAUUACCAUGUCAUUAAUCAGACCCAAAGCUUCCUCUAGCUCCGAUCGGAUACGAGAACAGACCGGCGCAUCAAGUGCCCCGAAGCCUCGUCUCGUUGUCGCCGCACAUACCCGUGAGGCGUCUGGCACUCUCCGUCUGUGGGAUGUGCCUCUUGACGUCCAACCCGGCGAAGCCAAUGCCCGAAUCAACCCAUUCCAAACCGAAUAUCUUCCUAGCCCCCUCUCCAGCAUCUCAUUUAACCCGACGCAUCUUACACAGAUCCUUGCAGUAGCCUCCCCGCACGCUGUUCGCAUCUACGACUACGCGCUACCCUCUUUUCCUCCGGAUGACCAAGCCACCGGACCAUUCCCUAGUCAAGGAUCCUGGCUGCUCUCUCUGUUCCAGCCAUUUACCCGCCCUACGUCAACACGCAAACCUAUCCUUGACGCCGCAUGGAUUUCUCAUGGCAGGGCUGUGCUGGCAUUGCUCGCCGAUGGCACCUGGGGUAUUUGGGAUGUGGAUGGUGCUAGCCCGCUGGGCGCCUCGAUCAUGGGAAAGAAUAGCUCUGGCAUCAAGGGUGGCGCAAUCACCGCCUUCAGUGCUACCGGUCACGUUGAAGGCACAGGACCGUUGAGGACAACAGCAAGCGUACCGAGGUCCAACGGCAACGGCGAGUUCGUACCUCUGACGCCCCACAGCCGACGUGACGCAGCAGCUUCGCUCAGUACCGCGGGCUCACUGGAAAGGCUUGUGUCUGUCAGAGGCGGUAUUGUUGUGAUUCCCUUGCCUGGCAGUGGCUCAGGCUCAGGCUCCGCUGAUGAGAGCGUCGUGCUUUGGAUCGGCGGACUGGAUAAUGUCUCUGUCAUCCCUGCCGUCUCACGCUUCUGGGAUGCCCAGCUGCGUCGGAGUUCUGGUGGAGGUGUGAACCUGUUCAGCGGUACUACUCCAACACGAAUGAUCCGUUUGCAAGAUCUGUCUACCGGACUUCUCGGAGAGCGCUGCUGUGGCGUGGGUGCCGCUGUCAACUUUGCCAGGCUGAAGGAGAAUGAUGGGGGCCUGCAGAUUGAGGUCCUCAUCAUGGGCGAGAGCCGAUUGGUGAUUGUCCACGAGUCCGAGGACACCCCUGGCACCAAGAUCGGAACGGUUGUCUCAACCCGCCGACGUCUCUUUGGCGACAAGGGCAAGCCAGAGCCACCGAGCGCCAUUAUUGUCCACCCUCGACCCGAUCAGCCUCGAAAUGUGUCGUUCAACCUCAGCGUUAACAAGACUAGAAGUCUGCGCGCGAAAUCGAAUGGCCGCGAUAGCAUCGACGUCGAUGAUCCGACACACGACUUGACGCUUCCCAUCGGUCGGCCCAAGUCCGGUUUCGGUUUCGCCGAUACGCUCAACGCUGCCGCAGAUUUACAGGAUGACGUUACAACGCGCGACGUCGAGGUGGAGAUGUUGGAUAUCUUGGAGAUUGAUCAGGCUUUGGAGGAUCUGGAUCACGAUCGGGGUAGCGGAAGGAAGAAGGUCUUCUUCGAGGAGGACCAGGACCGGUCGUUCCAUUAAUGUUUGCUGCUGACGAGACUUGACCUAGACGAGACCAGAAUGUACGAUACCCCAUGGGCCGUCCCGGCAACCGAUCCAAACCUUGCGAGUU